UUUUGACUGUUAGCCCGACCCGUACUGUUCAAGCUGUAAAUAAAGGUCCAAAAUUGCCUGAGAUUAAAUUAUGACCAUUGACCAGUGAUCGUCCUUCUUCAAGACCUCUUUGUUCACCGGAGACCUGUUGAUCUGAACAUUCUCUCUUUCGCAGGACAAUCAGCUUUUGAUUGAAUGGGGUUAAUCACUGCUCAGGGGAAACAACCCCUCUUCUCCUUUGGGGUCGUAUCAGAUGUUCAGUAUGCUGAUAUUCCUGAUGGUCGUUCCUUUCUUGGCGUGCCUCGAUAUUAUAGACACAGUAUACUUGUGUUGGAAAGGGCGGUCCAGAGAUGGAAUAGCCUCCAACAUCUUAGUUUUGCUGUCAAUUUUGGCGACAUUGUUGAUGGAUUCUGCCCAAAAGACCAGUCUCUAGAUUCUGUAAAGAAAGUUGCUUCCAAAUUUGAAGAAUUCAAUGGCUCUGUAUACCAUAUGAUUGGCAACCACUGCCUUUAUAAUCUUUCUCGUGAAACACUACUCCCGUUAUUGAAGAUUCCUAGCAAUGAUGGCUGCGCUUAUUAUGAUUUUUCACCAAUACCUGGUUACCGAUUAGUUGUUCUUGAUGGCUACGAUAUUAGUGCCAUAGGUUGGCCUGAAGAUCAUCCAAAAUCAAUGGAAGCUAUGAGAAUUCUAAAGGAAAAGAACCCGAACUCAGAUAAAAACAGUCCUGUUGGACUUGAAGAUCUUGAAAGAAGGUUUCUGAUGUUCAAUGGUGGUGUUGGGAAGGAACAGCUGAAAUGGUUAGAUCAUGCCCUCCAGAAUGCAACUGAUAAAAAACAAAAGGUGAUUAUCUGCUGCCACCUGCCUCUUGACCCUGGUGCAUCAUCAUCUGAAGCACUUCUAUGGAAUUACAAUGAAGUGAUGGAUAUUAUACAUAAAUAUAAGUGUGUGAAGGCCUGUUUUGGUGGCCACGAACAUAAAGGGGGUUACUCGAUUGAUUCCCAUGGUGUCCAUCACCGUGUUCUUGAAGCAGCACUUGAAUGUCCUCCGUAUUCGGAUGCGUUUGGGUAUAUAGAUGUUUAUGAUGAUAGGAUAUCACUAGUUGGAACCGGCCGGAUGAAGAGCACAGAUAUGGUGUUUGAUUCGUAAUCUUAAAGUGUUGGGUAAUGUAUUCUUUUUCUAACAUAUUAUUCUUUCCUUCUAUAUAUGACAUAAUGUUACAUAGUUGUUAGAUUUGUGUAAAUGAGUCUGUUGACGAAAUCAUCUACUGCAGAGUGUAGGCCUGAUUACCAUUUACCAGGAAUAAAAUUAUACGAACAAGGUAAAACUUAACAUGGGUUUUUGUGUGUCGCCUGUUUUAUUGCUGGAACUUGUAUUCUGCAUGUCCCUAGAUUUCUUGAAAUGAAAUUAGGCGGAACUUGAGACAAACAAUGUUGUUGUAAUGUUGUAUACUUGUAGUUGAGAAAUGAGAAGACUAGCAUGUUUUGCACA